GGAUCUAGGUGAGCUAAAGAAGCUGCAAGUCCACCUUCUGCUCAAGAGAAAGGUCUGAGACCUGGUCCAUCCCUCUCCCACCAACACCUUAGCCUCUGAUGGCCCUGGGGCCCCUAGGAGUUCAGCUCUGCAUGGGGUGUGGCAGGACAAGCUGUCUCCAGAGCAUGAGGAUUGGGGGGGGGGGGGGGGGGAGAAGGAGCUACAGCAAUCUCAAGGAAUCUGACUAGUUCCCUCCUGCCUGAUGGCAUUGUUGCCCUGGGCGGAGUUGCUGGGUUUAAAGAGCCGGAACCCACCUGGAUUCAACACAGCCCCAGCAGCCUCUCCAAACCUGCCUUUUGCACCUGGCUCGCAGCCCUGUCCUGAAGCUGUAUCAUGAAGAGAGUGACCCGGGCCCUUCUCCUCACAUUGGCAGGCCUGCCUGCCUUGGAAGCCAAUGAUCUGGUCGAUAAAGACAGUCCCUUCUAUUAUGACUGGGAAAGCCUGCAGCUGGGUGGGAUGAUUGUUGGAGGGCUCCUGUGCAUCGCUGGAAUCUUGAUAGCCCUGAGUGGAAAAUGCAAAUGCAAGUACAAUAAGAAGCACAGCCCCUUACCUGAGAGAGCCACUCCACUCAUCACUCCAGGCUCUGCCAGUACCUGCUGAGCACAGGACCAGCUUUGUGGCACUUUCCGUACCAGCUCCCAUGCUGUUUCCUCCCCCCUUGGGGCCCUUAGAUGAUGGCCUUUCUCUCCAAAGCUGGGCCCUUCAGCUCCUGUCUGAUCAGGACACUGUCUAAAGCUUAUUUCUAAAUUAAACUGUCUCACUCCUCCC